CUUAAGUCCUCAAUUGUGCAAUUUUCUGUAAUUACAGGUUUCGUUUCGGUCUUUCUACUUUUUAUAAUGAGUUUACAAUUGGCGAUGUAUUUCACAAAUUUCCUAGAAUUUCAUCUGAUGAGUCAGAUGUUAAUUGUGUGCAGACGGAAUAAGUCUAUUAAAAGCCUACGUUGCUGAUAUGAGGAAUAGUUGAUGUUUCCAUCUUUUCAAUGAAUUUUAACCUGCAAGUAAAAGUCACAUUUGAAAAAGCUAUAAGCUGACUAAUAUGCCUGCAUUGAAUUUUUUGGGACGCAAAUGGUUGGUUGCAUGCGAUGACUUUGUGGUACCAGCAGGGAUUGAUGCAUGUCUGCGUAUUAUUUGGUUAACCGGCACUGUUGCCUUUCUUUGGUUGAAAAUUAAUAAUUGUGAAGAAUCUGUUUACAACAAUUAUUUUCUUUAUGCUGCUGCUGUGGAUCUUGUAUUUACUUCGUGUGUGUCAUUGGGGCUAAUGUUUGCAAGUGCAAGAGGAUCAGUUUUGGAAGUGGAAAAGCGAAAAGGUGUGCCUAUUUUAUUAUUUAUCAAACUCAUUACGCUUUUGUGUGAUGCAAUCAUUGCAUCAUAUGGAAUAUGGCUGCUCUUCCAAAUGAAUAAGACUUGUAUUGCUCAAGAAGUUUUCAUCAAGGCAACUUCAAUUUUAACUUUAAUUUAUAUUUUCAUCAUUAUUGUUGGUGUGCUUGUAUGUUAUGAUACAUUAGGAGCUUCGAAAUAUUGGAACAUUAAAGCCAAUUCUAAUUCUUUAAAUUUCUUCAAAAAAGCCCAAUACAUUUGGCGACUGAGGUUGAAACUCUUUUGUUGCUGUGCAGACAUUAGUGAAGGGAAUGAUUUCAUAUAUGUUGAAAUCUCAACAUUUUUAUCUUCAUUUUUGAAUGGUAUUGAUUUAGUGCCAACAGAUAUAUUAUCUGGAAUAAUAACACUCAGCCAAAAGCAUGUUUUGGAAAGAAGAAAACACAUGAUGAAGCAUUUACCUGAAUCUGUGAAAAUGCUUGAGAGCACUUCAGUACCAGACUGGAUGACUGCAGAAAAUGCCAUACACUUUCUCAGAAUUGCUAAAAGCACAUAUGGCUGGAUGGCUUUUUUUGAUGUAUUUCAUCCGUGGAAUUUAUGUGUAUUGGCACCUCAAAUUGGAUGUUGUUUGCAGUGUGGUAGUCAAAGUGAUGAAACCAAAGUUGACAACUGUUGCUACCUAAACUUUGCAGCUGUACAGAAAAUUUCAAAUUUUAGUGAAUCAGACAUUGUUUUUGCAUCAUUCAAGAAUGGUAUCCAUGAACCUGCUUUCUAUGUUGCUGUUAAUCAUGCAAGGAAAUACGUUGUUAUUGCCAUUCGAGGAACCAGAUCAUUUUCUGAUUUGUUAACAGAUAUAGAUGCAGAAACUUUGUAUUUCCCUUUAGAAAGCAAGCACAAAUUUAAAUGCCAUAGAGGUGCCUUGCGUAGUGCCUUAUAUCUUCAAAAUAAACUUGAUGAGUUGAAUAUUUUAGAAAGAGCCUUUUCUGAAAAUCCUACUUAUUCUCUUGCAUUGACUGGACACAGUUUAGGUGGUAGUAUAGCCUCUAUUUUGGCUCUUCUGCUUCGACCAAAGUAUCCAGAUCUUCAGUGUUAUGCUUAUGGACCAAUGGCAAACCUCUCAUCUUUAGGAGUAGUAGAAACUCUUGAAAGUGUGUUAACUGUUGUAAUAGGAGAAGAUAUGGCUCCUAGAUUAUCUGCCAGUUCAUGUAAUGAAUUAAGAAAACAAUUAAUUGACUCAUUGAGGGAGACUGAUACUCCAAAGUAUAAGAUUUUAGCCGGAGCUUGCUGGUAUCAUAUACAAAAGUACUUUAAAAUGCAGUAUCAAAAACAUGAAUCUUGUGGGCAUGAAAAUCAGUUGUUCACGAAUGAAGCCGAAAAUAUAUCUCAUCCAGAUGCUGAUGUCUUCCUUGAUGAAUCAAAAUUAUACGCUCCUGGACGUAUACUUUAUUUUGAGAGAAAAGUAUGGGAUAAGCCUUUCUGGUUGACUGGCUUAAAUCUUCAGAAUAUUAUCAUCAACCCAGACAUGAUUUCAGACCAUCAGCCACACAGAAUCCAGCAUGCAUUAAAUAUGUAUUUGAAAAGUGUUCAAGAAGAAUCUCAUAUUGUUGUAAUUUAGACACAUCUUAUAUUAUCUGUUUUAAAGGAUAAUUUAUUUUCAUACUUCUGAUUAUUUAUAAACAUUUUAUAAAGGCAUUUUUAACUUCUGUAAAUUCUUGU